GUUUCAGAGUUUUGGAUGCUGAAAGUUGCCUGCCUUUGUAGCACUGUUCCGACACAAUGGAUGAUAAAAAGAUGCGAAUAACCGCCAUGACGUCCCCGGAAAUGUGUAUUGUUUCGCAAUGGUACGUUCAAAAUUAUGAUGUGUAUCACGGAAUCUCUACAUCAUCCUCGAAAGACGGACUAUCAUUCACGCAGCGUAAACAGAAGUUGUUGGAGGAUAUCUGUGAAGACCUAGUACGUAACGGCUUUUCAAGGCGGACUCCUGAGCAGAUCAAUCAGAGGAUAAAAGAUACACUAAAGACGGCGAAAAAGAUAAGCGCGUUAGAGCGACAUGAAGAUACAAAGACAGGCGGUGGUCCUCCGACAGCCAUUGCAGCUGCUCCUCAUGUGAAAAUAGUAAUUGAAGGCUGCGACAACAGACCGCGCCUUUUGGGUCUAAAGAAACCUUUGGAGAUCAAUGCAAACGCUACAAAUGUCCCAAGCAUACAGAGUGCUUCAAACACACAAAAUGUUUCGAACACGCAGAUUAUUUCAAACAUAGAGAAUGUUCCAACCACAGAGAAUCUUUCAAACACGAACACCAUGGAUGUGGACGUCAUUUAUGAGGAGUGUGUAACCCCAAUCGCAGAAGAGGUGGACGUAUUUCCUUCCGCUACGAACGACACCCCUGCGGUUACUCCGCUGUCCUCGGGAUUGACUGAAAAUCCUCCACGCAAAAGAAGACGCUCCACCCCGGCCUUGACAGACGAAAAAGAACAAGUUUUGCAACUCGAGGCAGAGCGAAUUCAAAAACAAAUUCAAAACGAGAUUCUGCGCACUGAAGUACUACAGCAAUCAAUGGAAAACAAGAGACAAAAAAAUGUCCUGCUCUGCCUGCAAUGUGAAGAGGUAAAGGCAAGAAUUGACUACACGCGACUACAAAUGGACCUGGCAAGGAACGAUGAGUAGGUCGUCGUCGUCCUCGAAAAGUGGCUCAUUCCUCUGAUUCGCAAGAUUGCGCAGCACCAUGCACGCUAUUGUAAUUCUGGCUGCGGUGUCCGGAUCGUAUCUACAACGAUAAUUUUGGUUUUGCAUCUCUUCGUUAUUGAUCUUGUCUCAAACUAUUUGGUUUUCUAUGCUACUGAAUGAAGAACUGAUUUGAUUUGUUUUUUUUUGUGUUUUCCUUCGAAGUUUACAAAAUAAAAAUGUGUGAUG